UUUGCUCCAAUUCUUAAUUUUCAUGAUCAAAUUCUCGCACUAACGGCGUCGUUUUCAUUACGCGCUUGUGAUUGUUUUUCUUAACCCUUGCUGGUUUUGGUUCCUUUUGUUUUAAAAUUGUGGAUGAGAAUUGGAAUCAAAGAAUGAACGAUGCCGGUGCUGCGUAGUCCAGUGCGCAGAUGUCGGGGAGGAGAAGCAAUACCGAAGCAAGAAAAUAAACAGAAGAUGCAUCCGGAGCACAAGAACAAUCCAGACGAAGUAGUAGAGCCGAUUGCGACAAGGACAAGGAGAAGGCGGGCAGCGGCGGGGGCGGCAUUGGAUGAGGAACAGAAAGCCGGCAAUGAGAGGGUAGUAGUGGCUGUGGGUGUGGGUGGUGCUGUUGUGGUGGGGACGGUGAAAGAGGAGGAGGAGGAGGAGGAGGAGAAAAGGGGUUUAGAGUUUGUUGGAGUAAAGAAGCCGAUGGAUGUGUUUGAUAGUGGUGGCAAAGGUAAUGAUAAGCCACUUGCUGCUGGCGGAGAGGAUGAGGGAACCUCUGCUCCGAUUCCCCACCAGGUUCAGGUUGAGGAUUCCCCAGUGUACAGAGUAGAAACAAAGUUGGGAAAGGGUGGCUUUGGUCAAGUGUAUGUUGGUCGACGUGUUUCUGCUGUAAAUACAAAUGAGAAAGCUGGUGCAGGAGCUGUAGAGGUGGCACUGAAAUUCGAGCAUAAGAGUAGUAAAGGAUGUAAUUAUAGACCACCUAACGAGUGGCAAGUUUAUGAUACUCUUGGUGGCAGUCACGGUGUACCACUAGUGCACUAUAAGGGUCGGCAAGGUGACUAUUAUGUCAUGGUAUGCUAUUGUUGGCAUUUGUUAAUGGAUAUGUUGGGUCCAAGCCUGUGGGAUGUUUGGAACAAUAACUUUAACUCGAACUUAAUGUCCACUGAAAUGGUUGCAUGUAUUGCCGUUGAAGCCAUAUCCAUAUUUGAAAAGAUGCACUCCAGAGGUUAUGUCCAUGGAGAUGUAAAGCCUGAGAAUUUUCUGCUUGGUCCUCUGGGAACUCCUAAGGAGAAAAAAUUAUUUCUAGUUGAUCUUGGAUUGGCUACUAGGUGGCGGGAUAGUUCAACUGGUUUGCAUGUUGAGUAUGACCAAAAUCCAGAUGUUUUCAGGGGAACAGUGCGAUAUGCUAGUGUGCAUGGCCAUUUAGGGAGAACUGGUAGCAGGAGGGAUGAUUUGGAAUCACUUGCAUACACACUUAUUUUUCUUCUCCGUGGUCGCUUACCUUGGCAAGGGUACCAGGGAGAAAACAAAGGGUUUGUCGUUUGCAAGAAGAAGAUGGCAACAACCUCAGAUGCGCUUUGUUGCUUCUGUCCACAGCCUUUCAAACAGCUCAUUGAAUAUGUAGCAAACUUAAAGUUUGAUGAAGAACCUAAUUAUGCAAAAUGCAUUUCCCUCUUUGAUGGAAUUGUUGGCACAAAUCCAGAUAUUAGACCUCUUAACACAGAAGGUGCUCAGAAGCUUAUUUAUCAGGUUGCUCACAAGAGAGGAGGGUUGACUAUGGAUGCGGAAGACGAACAACUGAGGAAGAAGGUUCGUAUGGGCAUGCCAGCAACACAAUGGAUUAGUGUGUAUAAUGCACAUAGAUCAAUGAAACAAAGGUAUCACUAUAAUGUGGCUGAUGCAAGGCUUGGCCAGCACAUUGAAAAAGGAAACGAGGAUGGCUUAUUUAUUAGCAGUGUAGCUUCAUGUCAAAAUCAAUGGGCCAUUAUUAUGGAUGCUGGUGCAAAUUAUUCCGCACAAGUCUAUGAGCUCUCACCAUAUUUUCUACGCAAGGAAUGGAUAAUAGAGCACUGGGAAAAAAAUUAUUAUAUCAGUGCAAUAGCUGGAGCAAACAAUGGAAGCUCAUUAAUCGUAAUGUCUAAGGGUACCAGUUAUAUGCAACAGUCUUAUAAAAUCAGUGAUUCAUUUCCUUUUAAAUGGAUUAAUAGAAAAUGGAAGGAGGGCUUUUAUGUCACUGCAAUGGCCACCUCGGGGGGUAGAUGGGUAGUUGUCAUGUCCCGUGGUGCAGGAUUUGCAAAGCAGGUGGUUGAACUUGAUUUCCUGUAUCCUAGUGAAGGAAUACAUCUACGGUGGGAUUCUGGAUAUCGUAUCACAGCAACUGCAGCAACUUGCGACCAGGCAGCUUUUGUUCUGAGUUUGCCAAAAAGGAAACAUACAGAUGAAACACAGGAGACCCUUCGAACCUCUGCUUUUCCUAGCACGCAUGUUAAGGAGAAAUGGGCAAAAAAUCUAUAUGUUGCAUCCAUAUGUUACGGUCGAACGACAUCGUGAGCUGCGGCUUGCAUGCCUCCUCUCGUGACACCAUUCACUUAAGCUAUGAUGCUUUUGUCAAGCGGCAUUCAUUUAAAAUUUAAGGAAAAUUUUGAUUAGUAUAUAUAUAGGUAGUCAGUUCUAAUCAGAAGUAUAGAAGCUAUAGUUCGAUCGACCUCAAGUCUUUCAACCUGCUAAACUAGGUGGGCUUUCUCAUUUUCUGAUGUCUGCAAUCAAGCAAAGGUCGGAGGUAUGGCGGGCCCUCUAUUUACUUUGUACAGUUUUUUUAAUAUUAGAGAAUAAAUAUGUAGAAGUCAAUGUUUCUAGCUGGGUCUGGAUUGUUCAUUUUGAUCUGGUAUGUUUUUUUUUUCUCAACCCAUCAUUAAUCAAUACAUUAGAUGCACAUCCUGUACAAUUACAGGGUUUAUCGCAAGGUGCUUUGGACACCAUUAAUAAUACGGUGUCAGACUCAAA